AUGAUUAAGGAAAAAUCUAGGGCAUGGCACGACUUACUCCCUGAAGCCCUUUGGGCUUACCGAGUCUCAAAACGAUUGGCUACUAGCACAUCCCCUUAUGCCUUAACCUACGACCAUGUCGCCAUCGUUCCGAUGGAGUUAAAGGUUCGGUCUAUCCAUGUGACCGAACGACCUGGGCAGGAAGAGAAGGACUAUACGCAAGCCAUGGCUCAGGAGUUAGAAGACUCGGAGCAAAAGCAGGAAGGUCUACAACAGGAAGGUGAAGCAAAAGACUUUUGCCGAAGGCGACUUGGUAUGGCAAAUUCUCGGUUCGGCAAAUUCUCACCCAAUUGGGAAGGGCCAUUUAUUAUCCAACAAAUUCCUGGCCGAGAUGCAUUUCAGUUGAGAGAUAGGGAUGGAGAAUUGCACAACUUGCCAAUAAACGGCCAAUAUUUGAAGAGAUAUACCCCGUCAUUAUGGGAGACGGCCCAGAAUGGGUUAUGA